CUUCCCCCACAAUCUGCUGUAACAUCAGUCUUUUUGGUUUUUAGGAAAUUGUUCGUCGGAGGCUUGAGUUGGGACACAACAAAGAAAGACCUGAAAGACUACUUCUCUAAAUUUGGAGAGGUGGUCGACUGCACCUUAAAGCUGGAUCCUCUGACAGGCCGGUCCAGGGGCUUUGGGUUUGUUCUGUUUAAAGCGGCUGAGAGUGUGGAAAAGGUGAUCUCACAGAAGGAGCACAAACUGAAUGGAAAAGCGAUCGACCCUAAGAAAGCGAAGGCCAUGAAGUCCAAAGAGCCUGUGAAGAAGAUAUUUGUAGGAGGUCUUUCCCCAGAUACUCCAGAGGAGAAGAUCAGAGAGUACUUUGACGCCUGCGGAGAGGUGGAGUCCAUUGAGCUGCCAAUGGAGAAUAAAACAAAUAAAAGACGAGGUUUUUGUUUUAUAACAUUUAAAGAGGAGGAGCCAGUAAAGAAAAUAAUGGAGAAGAAGUACCACAACAUCGGUUUAAGCAAGUGUGAGGUCAAGGUGGCCAUGUCAAAGGAGCAGUACCAGCAGCAGCAGCAGUGGGGCGGAAGAGGAGGAUACGCCGGCAGAGCCAGGGGCAGAGGAGGUCCCAAUCAGAACUGGAACCAGGGAUACGGAAAUUACUGGAAUCAAGGUUAUGGAAAUUACGGGAACUAUGGCUACAACAAUCAAGGCUAUGGUGGAUAUGGGGGCUAUGAUUACUCGGGUUACAACAACUACUACGGAUAUGGUGACUACAGCAAUCAGCAGAGCGGCUACGGCAAAUCCCCGAGGCGAGGCGGCCAUCAAAACAGUUACAAGCCGUAUUAACGGGAAACGUGCAGCGGGGACUUCCUUGCAGGCCAUGAGCUGACUUCCCGAUUGUCUCAGGCCCGCUCAAUGCGGACAGGGUACGAGAGGCGUACGCUCUCGAAUGCUCCCAUUUGGUAUGGUCUUCCAACAUCCUGUAUACGAAUUGUAAAAACAACUACAGCAACAAAAACAUAAAAAGGACACGUCAAGCUUUUAUCUUCUGUUUUUGUUUUGUGUGUAUUUUUAUUCGGUUUUUUUUGUAUUAAAAUGUUCCUCUUAAAACCUCUUGUUAUUGGUCUUAUGUAAUAAUAUAUAAUGUAAUGGCAUUUUUUCCAGGCACCAUCAAGUAAUGGUAAAAUAUGAGACGAGAGCCAAAAUUAACUGUUCACUUUUUGAAGGAUACGGCUUUCUCUGGACUUUCCAGUGUUAAUAUGCACUUCUAAUCUAAUCUUACCUGUAAUGCUUGCUUUUCUUUACUUGUAGCUCGUGUAGCUGUAAUAUCCUGUAGUCCAUGAGCUAAAAGCCGGUUUGUACUUGGAUGCCGCUGCGCUGGAGAAGUGCUUUUUUUAUAUUUGUACUGUGUGAUCUUCUACUGACAGCGGUGGAAAAAGCUUCACCUGUAAACCGUGUUAAUUUCAUCUAACGGAUUCUCUUUUUUAACCUUUAGAAAUCUUGGAAAGGUCAUAUUGUUAUGCUUGCUAUGCUUUCCUUUUUGUCUUUCAAUUUCCAUCGAUUCAAGGUUGCGCGUUAAAUGUUACGAUUCCACAAGUUUUUAAUUUAACACUAUUGUAUUUGCUAUUAUUCGAUUUCAAAGUCAUGUCUUGUCUCCUUAUUGAAAUUAUUAUAGAAUUGGGAUUCCUGUACAUUUUAUGAGUUUGUGUCCUUCUGAAGCGUAAUUGCUAUUUUCUUUUUUGUUUUUCAGACGGACGAGCGAAACGCAAGUCAACCCUGAGAGGAGAAAACAAGAGGGCCAGACUUGUUAAAUAUGGAGUUGAUCAACACGGUACUACACUUUGGUCGCCAUUUAAUUCACCAGUUUGUUUCAAAUCUAAAGGACACGCGCUAAAGAAUAUUUCAAGUGUUAUUUUGAACUGUAACGUCCAGAAUAUUUGUUUUUGUGUGUAAUUUGUUGUAGCUUGUGUACGUUUAUAAUCGUAUUCCCUGCUGUGUUGUUGAGUACAAUGAACUAUAGAGAGCCCAAAUCAUUUUCGAAAUUAUUUAUAUACAGAUCUAUUAAUUUAUUGCUUACAAGUGCGUACAGAGUGUAGGACAUUUAAUAUUCAUUUCAUAUGGCAGUAUUUUGCGAGAGUCAUGUAAACCAUUGGAAAAUACAACAAAAUAAAGUGUAUGAACCUUUACGCCUGUUGUUUCUGCAGAGAUUAAAGUCAUAGCUCACCCAAAAA